AGGUAUGCCAGCCUGUAUUUCUGUUGUGCAAUUGAAGAGCAGGACAAUGAGCUGAUCACACUGGAAAUCAUCCACCGCUUUGUAGAGUUGCUGGAUAAAUACUUUGGCAGUGUUUGUGAACUAGACAUCAUCUUUAACUUUGAGAAAGCCUACUUCAUUCUAGAUGAAUUCCUGAUGGGAGGAGAGAUCCAGGACACAUCUAAGAAGAGUGUCCUCAAAGCUAUUGAACAAGCUGAUCUACUGCAAGAGGUAACCUGGGCUAUAAGGCUUCACCCACCACCUCCACCAAGGAGUGUUAGAGUUGGGUUUUUGUCCACUUAUGUUGUUAGCAGGUUAUCACAAAAAGGGUAUUUCUACCUCUGAGUACCCUUCUAACCACUUCAGAGUGGUUAUGUGGGUCCACCAUGUUUGUUU